AGACUGGACGCUUCCGGUAGACGGCAGCUGUGGCGGGGCUUGCUGGGAUCAUGGCGGAGAAUCACUGCGAGCUGCUGCCGCCGGCCCCGGGCGGCCUCGGGGCGGGGCUGGGGGCCGGCCUGUGCCGCCGCUGCAGCGCGGGGCUCGGCGCCCUGGCCCAGCGCCCCGGCAGCGUGUCCAAGUGGGUCCGGCUCAACGUCGGCGGCACCUACUUCCUCACCACCCGGCAGACGCUGUGCCGGGACCCGAAGUCCUUCCUGUACCGUUUGUGCCAGGCCGACCCCGACCUGGACUCGGACAAGGAUGAAACCGGUGCCUAUUUAAUCGACAGAGACCCCACCUACUUUGGGCCCGUGCUAAACUACCUGAGACACGGCAAGCUGGUCAUUAACAAAGACCUCGCAGAGGAGGGAGUGUUAGAGGAAGCGGAAUUUUACAACAUCACCUCACUAAUAAAACUUGUAAAGGACAAAAUUAGAGAACGAGACAGCAAAACAUCCCAGGUGCCGGUGAAGCACGUGUACCGCGUGCUCCAGUGUCAGGAAGAGGAGCUCACGCAGAUGGUGUCCACGAUGUCUGACGGCUGGAAGUUCGAGCAGCUGGUCAGCAUCGGCUCUUCCUACAACUACGGGAGCGAGGACCAGGCUGAAUUCCUAUGUGUGGUCUCCAAGGAACUGCACAACUCCCCGUACGGCACGACCAGUGAGCCCAGUGAGAAGGCCAAGAGCGACGACGAGGAGACGGGUCCCGAUGGGGAUGACUCAGAUUAAGUGUAAAUGUCAUGAUUUUGCAAGAACGGGGUUCGAGGAUGUGAGAAGCAUAGUGUUGACAGCUGAAGAAACAUUUUAUCUUUUCCCAAGAUGCAACGAUCUGCCAUGUCGAGGAAGCUUGGCCGUGAGAAGAAACCUGCUUUUGACAAUUUCUCUAGAGAUCUGGGUGUGGAUCCUUUUUUGCCUCUGAGGUGGGUGGUGAGAGACGGGACCAGCUGUCUGAGGAGGCGUGCUGGCCAGGUGGGUGUCCCCACGGGGCCCCCGCUCGGUAUCCCGCGUGCCGCAUGGGCCCGAGGCAGGAUGCUUCCAGCCAGCCUAAUCACCGAAGAGCAUUUAAAGGACAGCGUUCUUGGUGCUACAUAAACAGUCUGUAAUGGAGCCUGGGCCUUGCUGGCAGGAAGCGGCUGCAGCGCCAUGGCCCGGGCUCUGGGUGCCCGCUGGCACCCACAUGCGCACCAGGCCCUGGUCCUCGGGUCGGGGAGUCUGCUCUGCCUCCCGGGCGGGAGCGGUUGGCAGUGUCUCGCAGCCCCAGCGGCUCCUGGGAGAGGCGGCCUCCGCGUGUUCACUACUUUCCGGGCCUCGGCCGUGAGCCCGGGCCUCCUUCAGAGCCAGGCUCCCCCGGCCUGACCCUGCCUGGAACAGUCGAGGCUUCUCCAUUUGUAUUUUCCAGGCAAGAGAACUUUGCACCCCUUCUUCCCCAGUGUGGAUGGACAACCUAGCGUUUUUACUUUUUAGAAAUGCCUGAAAGUGUUGCUGCGUUCUGGACUGAUCUGUUAAGUCACUCAAAGGGAGGCAGAAGUCCGUCUCGUGCGGCCCACCCUCAGGCUUGUGGGGAGCCGUUGCCCGUCAGUGCCUUUGUCUCGCCUGGGAUGGAGGCCGGGGCGGGAGGCCUGUCCACCUGGCUUCCGGAGCGGAAACUCCGGGUCACGCCGAAAAUUGGAUGUUUACAGCGCAUCACAAAUCUCUCUUGCCGGCUCUCUCAUUUUCUUUGUCUAACUAUGCAGUUCUCUGGUGUUUCUGGGGUGUUUGAGACUUCACACGACCUGACAUUGGAGCCACUAGAAUCCCUGUAGGAACCGCUGCUCGCAUGCUCUGAGGACAGGCCUUCCUUAGCUGGCCGUGGGGGCUGUCCGCGUGCGGGGCGCCUGGCUCGGGCGUGCAGCUCUCGCCUUCCUUGCUAGGAUCGCUGUGCGCACUGACCGCUGCUGGGUGGGGCGGAGGCUCUGACAUGCUUCGUUUCCAAUGCUUCUGGAGGCUUCUCGCCUGUGCCCUCUUCUCCUUUGCCAAUGACCUGAUUAACCUACUUCUCCAGCACCCAGGACUUACCUCCUCCUUUUUGUAAGGUCUGUUGUAUGUUGUUGACUGUUGGCUUCAACCGUUCGUAGCAACCUUUCUAUAGGGCACAUUUAGGUCCUCGUGACCCGCCCUCCCGGUGAGCCCCAGGGAGGGGGGCAGCCCCUUAGUGGCCUACGGGUGUACCUGUGGGGCCCUGCUGGCCACUUAGCGUCGUUUGAUUUGUGACCUUGACAUAAUAGGUAGGCUUGUUGUUUUUUAAUUUAAAGAUAUUAAGACUUAAUUCACUAAAAUUUAUUCUAAGGGGAUAUUUAUACUUUUAUACUUUUUUAGGUAUCCGUAUUUUAUCAGCUUACAGCCUAAGUUUCCCCUGAAAAUAGCGAAUAAAGUUGUGUAUUUAUGAAUGAGCAGAA